AUGGCCGACAAGUUUGUAACCGCCCAUUAUGGGGCUAAGAAAAUAGAGGCAAUGGUGAAUGACAUAUUCGCCAUUAAACAGUCACCCGGUGAAGGGUUGAGAGACUUCCUCGCCCGAUUCAACCGUAUGAGGAUGACCUUACCAAAUGUAUCAGAAGGAAUGGCAGUAGCGGCUCUUCAGAAUGGAUUAAACAAGAGCGGCUCAAGGGCGACUAGAAAAUUAUUUAGCCAACUUAUGAAAUAUCCCCCGACCACUUGGGACGAGAUACACAAUGCCUACUGCACCGAAGUACGAGCUGACGAAGACGACCUCAAUGGGCCAAUUCAACGGUUGACCUCAGUGCAAAUAGAAUCCAGGAAAGAUCGGAGAAACGAUAACAGAAGGGACCAUGCAGGUCCGCAACCCAACAGUGAAAGGCAUCAACCAUAUGUUAGAGCCGCCAUCAUACCACUUCCCUGCCACAGAGACGGCCCAUCUAGGCCGCAAACAGGGACUCACCGAAGCGAGAAAGAAAUAGUCUACGCCCUGGAGAAGCUCGGCCCAAAAGUGAAGUGGCCGCAGAAGAUGAGAUCCGACCCAAACACCAGAAAGUCAAACGCCCUCUGCAAAUUCCACCAGGAACAGGGUCACAAAAUCGAGGACCGCAUCGCUCUAAGGCAAGAGGUCGUGAAUAUGCUUCACCAAGGACAUCUGAAAGAACUUUUGAGCGACCGAGGAAGGGCAAACUUUGCUCGAGGACGCGAACAACACCAAGAUCCACCAAAACCGCAUUCUCUAGCUCGAACCAUCCAAAUGAUCAAAGGAGGGGGCGACGGCGCGUCAAUCAACAUCGUAAAAUUCACGACCACCCCACAAUUUGAAACGGUCAAUCACUCACGAAAGAUAUGCCGGGCAUCCCGAAAGCGUUAG